CCUUAAUGAGCAAACUUGAAAAUAUUAUCUUGUUCUAUCUCCAAUCAACCAAUCAUAUUACAAUUACAAAGUUGUUCGGAAUAAUUUUAUCAGUUUUGUUGUUUUCAAAAUGGCAACUGCAAAUAUUGACCAAGAAAUGGAACCUGCCCUAAAUCAAAACGAAGAGCUGCUUGGCAUUACACCUUCUCGUCGGUCGCCCCAUGGUGGGGUUUCUAGGAAACGUAAAGCUGAUAGGAGUAGUUGGAAACAAAGUGUAAGAAAAAUCCAACGUCAGUCGGGUAAAACUUAUAAAAAUACGAAAGGAGAACAAAUGCCAAAAAGAUCUAUUGUUGCACUAAAAAGUUGCAGAAAUUGUAAAUUUAAAUGUUCUACCAAUAUAUCUGAGAUUGAGCGUCAAAUAAUAUUUGAUAACUUUUGGACCUUAGAUGAUGACGGAACAAAACAUUUCUAUUCUAAAACUACUGAAAAUCUGGAGCAAAAACGCUGUCGGACAGCUGCUGGUGACAAUUCAAAAGGAAAAACAUCUUAUUAUUAA